GUGAUAAUUGCUGAUGUUCACGCUGAAGACAUACUGUUCUCUCAAAGAGUUGAGCUGCUACUUUUUCCCCCUUGUCUGAUUCUGAUUUAUAAUGUCUUCUGUGCGUGUAGCGGUCCGAGUCCGUCCACUGAACAAAAGAGAAAAGCAGCUAUCAUCGAAGGUUGUAAUUCACAUGAAGGGGAACACAACAACUAUUCAUAAGCCUCCACCUGUUCGACUGGACCAGCUGAAGGACAGCGUGAAAAGCUUUUCUUUUGACUUCUCAUAUGACUCAUCUGACAGAGGAAGACCCGCGUUUGCGUCUCAAAAGAGGAUUUUUCAAGACUUGGGCACUGCUGUCUUGAAAGCUGCAUUUGAUGGGUUCAAUGCCUGUGUGUUUGCCUAUGGUCAAACAGGCUCAGGGAAAUCUUACACCAUGAUGGGCCAUAAAGAAGAUAAAGGUUUAAUUCCACGGAUCUGUGAAGGACUGUUCACAGAGAUAUCGCACAGACGCAAGAGUGAUGGCGUGUCCUUCCACACGGAGGUCAGCUAUCUGGAGAUCUACAAUGAACAUGUCCAGGACCUUCUCCGGAAGAGAACACCACCCACAGAUGGAGGCUUGAGAGUGAGGGAGCACCCCAGGGAUGGACCUUAUGUAGAGAAUCUGUCCAAGCACUUGGUCCACAACCACAGUGACAUCGAGGACCUGAUCGUUCUUGGCAAUGCAAACCGCACCAAAGCCAGCACAGCCAUGAAUGACUACAGCAGCCGCUCCCACGCCAUCUUCACCAUCAUGUUCACCCAGGCGGGGUUUGAUGCAGAGCUGCCACGUGAGACUCUGAGUAAGAUCCACCUGGUGGACCUGGCAGGCAGUGAGCGAGCUGAUGCCAUGCGCACCACAGGCAUCAGGCUGAAGGAAAGCGCCAACAUCAACAAAUCCCUGGUCACCUUGGGCAAUGUGAUCUCAGCUCUGGCUGACCUCAGCGUGGGAGGACAGUCAGCAAAAAAGAAGCAUAUCUUCAUUCCUUACAGAGACUCUGUGCUGACGUGGCUACUGAAAGACAGCCUGGGUGGAAACUCCAUGACUACUAUGAUAGCAACCAUUUCUCCUGCUGAUGUCAACUAUGGGGAGUCCCUGAACACUCUGCGCUAUGCCACCCGAGCUAAAAACAUCAUGAACUCUCCCACCGUGAACGAAGACGGCAGUGUGAAGGUGAUCAGAGAGCUGCAGGCAGAGGUCACCAGGCUCCGAAGACUGCUAGAAGAAGCCACUCAGGUUUUCCAUGGAGAGCUGCCUUCUUCUAUGAAUGUGAAGGAUAAACUGCAUCAGAAUGAGGCAAAGGUUGAAGCACUGACUAAGGAGUGGACCAGAAAAUGGAGGGAGACUCAGAGUAUUCUACAGGAGGAGACCGUGGCUCUGAGGAAGGCGGGAAGUGGAGUCAUCUUGGAUUGCCAGUUACCUCAUCUCAUCGGCAUCGAUGAAGGCCUGCUCGGCACUGGAGUCAUCCUCUAUUAUUUGAAAGAGGGCAGAACCUUGAUUGGGAGUGCAGAAGCUUCGUGCAGUCAGGGCAUCGUGCCUCAUGGGCCUGGGCUCCUCGGUGAACACACUGCUUGUGUGCUUGAGAACCGUGCUGGGACCGUGACUCUCCUCCCUCAGGAUGGUGCACUGUGUUCAGUCAAUGGCUCUGUGGUCACUGAUCCCUGCCAGCUGACUCAGGGUGCAAUCAUACAACUAGGAGAAGGACCCACACUCCGGUUUAACCACCCGGCUGAAGUUUCCCAGCUGAGAGAGAAAUGCCAGAGUGGGCUGCAGUCUGUCUUCAGCCUGUCUUUGACUGACUUAUCCAAAUCUACUGAGAAUCCUGCAAAGGUGAUGCUGCAAAAUGCAGGGGGGAUGGAAGAGAAGCUCAACCAGCAGGGGUUGGGACGGCAACAGGUUCUGGAAAGCCUGCGCAGAUGCAACCAGGACAUCAAAAGACUUCCAAAGGAAAACCGUGGGGCUGCAGAGAGCCUUUUCAUUCAAAUGGAUGCAGAGACAGCAGAGUCUAAAGGCCCAAGCGUCUGCCUCACCUCCUCCCCAAAAUUGAAGUUCAUGACUACAGCCAUACCUGGAAGAUAUCUCGUCCCUCACACUAGUUUUGAGUUGGAUGGAGAGACACUACAGGGUGGAGUAAGCACCAGGGAUGGCCAGGAGCAGGAGAGGGACUUGUGUCAUAAAUCAGGGCGAGGGCUUGUGUCUGAGAGGCUGCAGAGGAAAGCUCAGACUGGGCCUGAAGUUGCAAGUUAUAAGACAGAGGAGGUUUGGUCAGGGGAUGCCAGCCUCCAGCAGAAAAGUGUCCUGGGCCCAGGUGAUGGAUGUGGCAUGAAGCCAGAAGGGAAUGCUAAUGAGAUCCAAGGUGUUGUGACUGACUGCUACAAGGGGAGACCUGGCUCUGGUGGGAUCUCAUUAGGCAGCAUGUCCCACCUGCAGAGCAGAGGAGAAAGUAGCUCCAUGUCAGUCCUCCCACAGACCAGCACUCAUUCUCAGCCCAACAGAAAGCCUCUGAGCAGUGAGGCAGCGUGCUGUCCGCCCAAAGAAACCGCCUUCGAAGGCCAGUUCAGUUGCAGAGAGAUGGAUGAAUCUAAUGGUUUGAAGGAGAUCCCAGGAGUGUGUGUGACGGAGGCUGCAGCAGCAUCAGUUCAAAGCUCAGGGCUCGGCUCUUUGUUCAACAGAGUUUCUUGGAUUGUGCAGGAUGCAGGACGGUUCCUUUGGAACUCUCCCACAACUUUGCAGCAAGUCAUGGAAGUAAGAUUACAGCCUGUUGGAGCCCGCUGGUCCAGUCAUGUGAUCUCUCUGGUCAAGGAAAGUAAUGUUCUAUCUGUGGUGAAGGACAGCCAGGUGUUCUCCAUGGUUAGAGGGAGUUUCAUCUUCUCUCUGUUCAGGGACAGUCGCAUUUUUUCUAUGGUGAAAGGACUACCUCUCAUACAGCACAUCCAGAUGGAUAUCACUCAGCACCUUCAGCCUGACGGGGCAGCUCAGGUGAUUCAGGGAUGCAUUCAUCCUGGCAACACACAACUCCCAGUUCUGACACAAACACAAACCUUAAGCAAGGUAGAUGAUGUGCAGCUAAUCCCAGAGGAUAUUUGGAGAAGGAAUAGGAGUUCCACGGACCCGCUGUCAUCAGAAGAGCAAGAUCUGGUUGAUUCUCAUGGUAAACAAGAAGACAAACGUACUACAGAGCUGUUGCCAUUGGAACAGCACAGUGAGAAAGAGGUUACCUGUGCACCUAAAGACAUUGAUGAGUCAUUGGAAAACCAGAGGACUUUCCAAAUUGCCACUCAAACCCUGACAGAGUUUCCUGAUUCCCUUUUGAACUUACAAAGUUUGUCAUUGCAAGACAUGAUGGACACUUUAAAUUCUGUCAUUCCCAUGUCAGAGCCUAUCUUGCAUGGGAUUUUAGCUCUCCACUGGCUGAAUGUGGCUAAAUGCAGCCAACCUGAGUCCCAGCCUGCCCUCCUGAUCCUGAUGGAAACUGGCCUCUAUGCCUUGACCAUGGACUCUGGGGUCCUGGUUUUGUUCCAUUACCUCCCUUUAUUGCAGCUGAAGGACAUUCAGAUAGGUUUAGCAGGCUACAGUCUGCGUUUGAUGGGCACCACAGAAGAGAGCAUCCUAGGUGUCUACACCCACAGCCAGGAUCACACCAAAGAGCUGUGCUGGGCCAUACUCGAUGUUAUGUGCCCUGGAGACAGCCGGGUAUCUCAGCACCCACUGUUCAAUGGAGAUCUAUUGAAGAUGUCUCUAGAUUGGCAGGUUUACGUACCUGACCUGCUGCUUGAUGAUGGUUUAAGGGUUUGCUGUCAGUUUCAGAAGAGUCUUGCUGAUCUGGUUUGUGUUCUUCAUUGUAACAUGGAUCAAGAAACAGUCACUCUGGGAGAGGUGCAGAUAUUACUGUACACAAGUGUAGCAGUGCACAUCAGCUCCAGUGCCCACCGUGAACACCUGGUCCAGUUUUUACUUACAGAUACCCACCUUGGUCUGGUGCAGGAGGAUAUUGUCUAUCGCCCAGCUCCACACUCUGCCAUAGCGCCUUCCCGUCCCCAAUUCCAUGACUUGCGUCUUCGUCAAUGCUCAGAUGUGCGCUGCAUGCUGUUGCAUGAUGAACACAGGAAUGGAUCUGUCAGACUGGAUAUAAUCUUUGGAAAUGCGAGGGGCAGGGGUCACCCUGAAAGCGUGACUAAGGCCACUGCUCUGCCUGCACACACUUUAAAUUCAUCCCCGCAUACAGAAGUGUGGAAAUUAACUUUCGGUUGCUCCGCUGAGGCAGCCUGCCUGAUUAAUCACUUGUCAAAUGUCUGAUCAAGGACUGAACGACCAGUAAUGAACAGCCCAGCUUGAAAACUCUCACUCACACGGAGCAAUGGCAAAAGUGCAUCCCAACCAGACAGAGUAAAGGAUGAAAUCACUAUUAAUGACAGCAAAAACUAUGACCUAUUUUGAAAUUUCUGUAUUGAUUUGUUUUUUAGAAGUUUUUUUUGUCCUUUUAAUGUUACUUGACAUUAGCACCUGAAGAUUUUAUCUUUAUAACUCUUCUUGGAUUGUUCUUUUCUCACCUCCUUCCCAUUAUUAUUUUUGUCACUUUAAUAAUUAUGGGUUGAAGUUCUAGGAUUGAGGAUAAAAACAUGUCUGCACCAGAGCCGCUUGUUUAACAGGCAUUGUAAUGUUUUUGAAAGAUUUUUAGAUAAACAAUUGGACCAAAUUAUCUCACUGCCAUAGUUAUGUUGUUUAUAUAUGUAUGACGUAUUGUUACCAAUUUGAAGCAUUGUUUAUAAAAAUAGAGCUAUUGAAAUGGAUGUGUGUGAAUAUAUUUGUAAAAAAUAAAAGGUAA